AUGCGAUGUCGCGCCGGCAGUGUCCACCGGCCGCUUUGUAUCCCGUUGCCUAUCAACCCUCUCUGUGUGCACUACCACAUCUGGAAACACCAGCGCCGUCACGAUGGCGGCGCCACUCUUGGGAACACCGGAGGUGGCGUAAACCUGACGGUGGGCAGCGGAUACACCGGCAAGGGCGGUCCGGUCGAGAUUGAAGCCGGUGAGUCGAACGAGGCCACCGGGAGACCGGUGAUCAUCACCAGGGGUGAGGGCACGGCGUCCACCAGAGGCGCGAUGGCCAUGCGAUCGCCCAACGCCGGCGCCGAGGGUGUGAGAGGCGCCAUUGUGAUGGGCGAAGGCACCACCAGCGCCGGCACCAGCGGUGAGGUGCCUGCGGCCACCGGAGGAUCGGUGACCAUCACCAGCGGCGAUAGCACGGCGACCACCAACGACGCGAUCACCGUCCGAUCACCCAACGCCGGCGCCGAGAGCGUGAGCGGUGUGGUUGUGUUAGACUCAGGCAACACCACCUCCGACACCAGGAGUAUUUUUCGCAGGGGAAGUGGCGCGGCUACCCCGGGAGCCGGCGGAGCGCACACCGCGUUUGGAAACACCGGCGCCGUCGCGAUCGGCAGCGGCGCCGCUCUGAGGGGUACCCGAGGUAACCUGAGCAUGACGGUGGGCGACGGAGAAACCAGCGAGGACGGUCUGGUCGAGGUGGCGGCCCGUGAGUUGCCCGCCGCCACCGGAGGAUCGGUGACCAUCACCUGCGCGAUCACCAUGCGAUCGCCCAACGCCUACUACCGAGGACGUCAUCGGGGCCAUUGCGGUGAGCUCGGGCGGUCCUGUAUCGAUAAUGACCGGAACCGGCACCGAACUAUGGCCUGGUCGGGGAGUCUGGCGGCGGGCACAACGUCGACGGGUGGAUCGUUCGCGUUGGCAUUGUCGACGGGCGCGGCGACCACGAGCGGAGCCGUGACGGACGGAAACAACGCCAUCGUCACCAUCGUCCUCGCCAACGCCGGACCAACGGGUCAUGGCCGUGUCAUGACCUUCACGUCCGGCUCUACCACGUCGGGAAACGCGGCUGCCGUCCGAAACAGUAGUGGCGUCACUCCAGGGGGCACCCGAGGUGGUCUGAACCUGACGGUGGGCAGCGGAAACAUCAGCGAAGGCGGUCCGGUCGAGAUAUCGGCAGACUGGUCGGUGAGUCUGGCUGCGGGCGCGGCGUCGACCGGUGGAUCGUUCACGAUGGUGGCCGGGCGGGGCACAUCAUCAAUGGGCGAGACGAUUACGGUGAUGGCGGGUGUAGAAGGGACGAACGGCGUCGCCUUGGUCACGGCAGCUGAACGUGUUGGUACCAGUGAUGAACUUGUUGCUGCAUCGAGCGGGGCCGCUACGGACGGGAAUAACGUAAACAUCGCCAUCGUCUCCCACAACGCCGGACCAACGGGCCAUUACCGUAUCGUCAUCUUCACCUCCGAUAGCGCUGCCGCUCUGAGGGGUACCCGAGGUAACCUGAGCAUGACGGUGGGCGACGGAGAAACCAGCGAGGACGGUCUGGUCGAGGUGGCGGCCCGUGAGUUGCCCGCCGCCACCGGAGGAUCGGUGACCAUCACCUGCGCGAUCACCAUGCGAUCGCCCAACGCCUACUACCGAGGACGUCAUCGGGGCCAUUGCGGUGAGCUCGGCACGGCGACCACCAGCGGCGCGAUCACCGUCCGACCUCCCAACACCGGCACCGAGGACGUGAGCGGCGCCGUUGUGUUGGGGCUAAGGUACGACAAUCUCCGGCCCCAGCGGUUCAGUGCUCAUCGGAAGUUGACCGGCCGCGCCGGGAGUGGGCGGAGCGGUGAGUCUCACGAUGGGAACCGGCGCCCACAACACGGGCGGGACACUCACGUUGGCGGCCGGAACGGGCGUGACAGGCGGUCCUGUGCCGAUGGCGGCCGGAACCGACACCAAACAACCGCGGACUGGUCGGUGAGUCUGGCUGCGGGCGCGGCGUCGACCGGUGGAUCGUUCACGAUGGUGGCCGGGCGGGGCACAUCAUCAAUGGGCGAGACGAUUACGGUGAUGGCGGGUGUAGAAGGGACGAACGGCGUCGCCUUGGUCACGGCAGCUGAACGUGUUGGUACCAGUGAUGAACUUGUUGCUGCAUCGAGCGGGGCCGCUACGGACGGGAAUAACGUAAACAUCGCCAUCGUCUCCCACAACGCCGGACCAACGGGCCAUUACCGUAUCGUCAUCUUCACCUCCGAUAGCGCUGCCGCUCUGAGGGGUACCCGAGGUAACCUGAGCAUGACGGUGGGCAGCGGAGAAACCAGCGAGGACGGUCUGGUCGAGGUGGCGGCCCGCACCACCACCUCCGCCACCAGCGGUAUGAUGCGCACGGUAAAUUGCGUGGCCGCGCCGAGAGCCGGCAGAGCGGUGAGCCUCACGGUGGGCACCGGCACCUACACCGGGGGCGGGACGCUCACCGGCGACGCUCUGCGGGACACCGGGAGAUAUCGGAACCGGACGACGGGCAACGGAUACACCGGCGAGGGCAGUCUGGUCGCGACGGCGGCCGGUAUCACCAGCUUUGGCCCCAGCAGAUCGGUGGUCAUCAAAAGUGGCGCGGCCACGUCGGGAGCUGGCGGAGCGGUUGGUCUCCUGGUGGGCACCAGCGCCUACGCCACGGGCGGGACACUCACGUCGGCGGCCGACAUUGGCGUGACAGAGGUUGAUGCCGGCAAGUCGACCGCGGCCACCGGGAGAUCUGUGACCAUCACCAACGGCGCGGGCACGGCGACCACCAGCGGCGCGAUCACCAUCCGCCGGCCCAAUAUCGGCGUUGCGGGUUUGAGCGGCGCCAUUUUUUCAUGCUCAGGCACCACCGACUCCGGUCCCAGCGGUAUGGUGCUCAUCGGCAGUGGCGCAGCGAUGUCGGGAGCUGGCGGAGCGGCGAGUCUCACGGUGGGCACCGGCGCCUACACCACGGGCGAGACUCUAACGUUGGUGGCCGGCACGGACGUGACAGGCUGUCCUGUGUCGAUGGCGGCCGGAACCGGCACCACGUCCACGGAAACAACGGCGAGGACCUGUCUAGUCGAGGUGGCGGUCGGUGAGUCGACUGCGGCCACCGGAGGAUCGGUGACCAUCACCAGCGGUGAGGGCACGGUGACCACCAGCGGCACGAUCAUCACCCGAUCGCCCAACGCCGGCGCCGAGGGCGUGAAAGGCGCCGUUGUGUGGGGCUUAGGCACCACCAGUUCCGGCACCAACGGCAACACCGGCACCGUCAAGAUCGGCAGCGGCGCCGCUCUGGGGGCCACCGGUGGCGAUAGGGCUCUGGCGGAGGGCAGCGGAAACACCGGAGAGGCCGAUCUGUUCGAGGGAGCCGCCGGUGAGUCGAUCGCGGCCACCAGGAGAUCGGUGAACAUCACCAGCGGCGAUGGCACCGCAAACACCAGCGGCGCGAUCACUAUCCGAGAUCGUCCUAUGUCUGUUACCUAG